GACGUUAUUAUUGUUAUCUCUGGUGGACGGCGCCAUUUCGACUCCGUGAGGGCCCCGGGCGUAUUAAGGGUGGGUUGAGGUCUGGAGUGCACGGUAGUCACUCACACUCACACUCGAUCGCAACGACCGGUCCAGAACGCGCGGACGCUUACAGGACAACCUUGCAGAGACAGGCCGCUCUACAGUGGCACCUGUACCCGGUCAUACAAGCCACACUCCCGCAGUGCACGCUACACGGUGAAACUCGCCCGAGACUUACGCACGUACGGAACACCACAGCGCUAAUAACAUGGCCAGCGACCGGGAAGACAGUUCGCCGACCACGGCUACCGUCACAUCGAGUAGUAAUAACACUAACUGUCGCUCCAACAACCCCUUCUCUAUCGAAAACAUCUUGAACUCACCGAAAACGAAGCAGUCCAAUUCUAAACUCCACUCGCCCGUGAGCAGACCCGGACAGGUUGCUGCAGACGACGCGACUGCAAAAGACACCCUGGGAUCGAGAUCUCCGCCGCCCUCUCCGGCAAGUGACGGGGACGAGGGGGAAGACGAGCCCAUCGGGCGGGACGCUCAGAUCGUGUCCAGCGCCUCUUCUCUCUACAAACCCGGCAACUCCUGGUUCCCGUGGAUCCAGACAGGGUUGUAUCCCACACACUACCCCUUCGAACGUUCGGUCGCAGCCACCCCGCCUUCCACCCGUCCUCCCGCGUCCACAGGCACGGCGGCGACCCCGUCCUGUCGGGCCCAGUCUCCGGCCAAGUCCAAAGACUCCGCCAGCUCAGGGAAGGACACUGUCCACAGCGGCGGGGCGGGAGGUGAAGCUGGGCCGGCGGACGGCGGCGGGAAGGACGACGACGAGAAAGCAAAGGACAAGAAGAACCGACGCAAGAAGAAGACUCGUACAGUGUUCUCACGACAGCAGGUCUUCCAGCUUGAGUCGACCUUCGACAUGAAGCGGUACCUGAGCAGCUCGGAGCGGGCGGGGCUGGCGGCUUCCCUGCACCUGACCGAGACACAGGUCAAGAUUUGGUUCCAAAAUCGCAGGAACAAAUGGAAGAGGCAGCUGGCCGCUGAACUGGAGGCCGCUAACAUGGCGCACGCGGCCCAGAGGAUGGUACGUGUACCCAUUCUGUACCACGAUAGCGGACACAUGCAUGGCGAAAACCCGCCCCUAUCCCACCCCGCGUCCGUGCUCCCCUACCCCCACCCCGUCCCCCACUACAGCCCCUCCCUGGCUGCCCAGUUUCCCGCGCUCAGGCCACCCAUGCCAAGCUUAGUAUGAUACGGACUCAUCCAAGCCCUGUGAAUAGCGAACCAUCUUGUACAUGCCCAUCAGAUUUCUAUAUGAAAACCUGAUCAGAUUUUCCGUGCAUCUGGAUAUUAUAUACAUAUUAUAUAUAUACAUAUAUAUUCUCUAGUGUGUGCAAUAUGUUAAGAAUUCUUAGUUUUGUACGUUGCGUGUUUGUUUUGCUGAGAAAAUCGUGUUAAUUUUGUGGCGUUUUCUCGUCGGGAAGAUGUUAAGGUUCCCCACCAGCCCCGUGUACAGUGACUCAAUUGAAAAUCACUUACCCAACCGCAAAACAUCCCGACAUUAUUGUUCAGCCUGAGAUGAAAGGUCGGAUUGAUGCCGUGAUUUAACUGUUUCCUUGUCGAAAUCAUGCGUUCGGUUCUACUCCUGAAUUUUUAAUGCCACUUUGGCGAGAUGUAGUCGGCUUUUUUGUGAGACCAUAACUGUCAUGUGUGUGUGUGCGUGCGCGCGUGUGUGUAUGUAUGUAUGUAUGUGUGUGUGCGUGUGCGUGCGU